AUGCGAGGUGCGUGUCUGUGGCUGUCCCUCACCUAUUUGGCCGCCAACCCCUACGGGUUGGGGGCACGGGAAUACAACAACUCAACCGUUAUCGGCGGGGUUCUAUUUGUGGAUGCAGAAGGGCUGUUGAACCUGUCAGACCCGUACACGUCCAACCGGACAAAUGUCUUCUCGCUGGACCUGGACGAGGGCACGCUCGCGGACUGGCGCUCCAUGGCGGGAAAAAAGCGCUACGGGGGAGAGUCCCAGAACGGGACCGUGAAAUCCCUACUGGUCGUGGCUUACUCUGUCAUCAUUGUCAUCUCGCUGUUCGGAAACACGCUGGUGUGUCACGUGGUGAUCAAGAACAAGCGGAUGCACUCCGCCACGAGCCUGUUCAUCAUUAACCUCGCGGUGGCAGACAUUCUCAUCACGCUGCUCAACAUGCCCUUUACUUUGGUUCGCUUUGUGAACAGCAGCUGGGGGUUCGGGAAGGGUAUGUGCCACAUCAGCCGGUUCGUCCAGUACUGCUCCCUACACGUAUCCACACUCACUCUCACGGCAAUCGCGCUGGACAGACGCCAGGUCAUUCUCCACCCUCUGAGGCCCCGCAUGUCCCCGACUCGCGGCGUUGUGUGUGUGAUUCUCAUCUGGGUCAUGGCCAGCUGCUUCUCCUUGCCUCAUGCUAUCUACCAGAAGCUCCUAACCUUCGUGUACAGUAAGGAGAAGGUGCGCAGCCUUUGUGUCCCCGACUUCCCCGAGCCCUCUGACGUCUACUGGCAGUGCAUCGACCUCCUCACCUUCAUCCUCCUCUACGUCCUACCCCUCCUCAUCAUCACCGCCGCCUACUCAACCGUGGCACGCCGCCUGUGGCGCCGUAACACUAUCGGGGACACCACCACUGCGCAGUUCGCUGUGCAGCGGCGGAAGCGGCGGCGCACCCUGGCUAUGUUGUUGGCGGUUGUUGGGGUGUUCGCGGUAUGCUGGUUCCCUCUGAACUGUUACGUGGUGCUUCUCUCCAGCCAGGCCAUUCAGUCAUCCAAUGCCUUGUAUUUCUGUUUUCAUUGGCUGGCGAUGAGCUCAACGUGUUACAAUCCCUUCAUUUACUGUUGUCUGAACCCCGCCUUCCGCCAGGAGCUAAGGCUGCUAUUGGGCAUGUGCCAGAGGAGGGGGCGUGGACGGGUGGGGCCGGUGCUGGUGGCUCGGCCCUCCUGCGCACCCUGCCACAGAGCCGCCUGGGCGGAGAGCCGCACCGGUUUUCGGCCGAGUCACGCCUCUUCACACCCGAGCCACGCCUCUUCUCGACCAAGCCACUCCUCGUCCUCUCACCAGCCUCCUAAAGACAGGCAUGCCCUUUUCUCCGCUAGACAUGCCAGUAAAACAGACAUCUUAUCAGUGGAGCCUAUAGUAGCUGUCAGUUAA